UCUUUAUGACAUAUAUAUAUGUGUGUGUGUUUUACAAUUCUUUUGCAUACUCAAAAGUGACUUAAAAGAACAAAAGCAUGGUAAGGGCACCUUGUUGUGACAAGACCAAAGUGAAAAGGGGACAAUGGUCUCCAGAGGAAGAUGAAAUUCUCAAGAAUCACAUCUUUAACCAUGGAAAUCCUGGCAGUUGGAUUACCCUUCCUAAAAGAGCUGGGCUAAAUCGUUGUGGCAAGAGUUGCAGGUUAAGAUGGCUUAAUUAUCUUCGACCAGAUAUCAAACUUGGAAAUUUUACACAAGAGGAAGACAACACUAUCUGCUCUCUCUACAAUCAACUUGGAAGCAGAUGGAGUGUUAUUGCAUCUAAGCUUCCAGGAAGAACAGACAAUGAAAUCAAGAAUUACUGGAAUAGCAAGUUGAAGAAGAAGCUUUCAGCAAGAAAAGAAGCAAUGAAAUUACCAAUUCCAAGUAGUGACUCUGCUGAUAAAAACAUGGUUGAAACAGUCGAAAAAAAUCCAAGAUUCACUAAUCAAGAGGAGGACCACUCCAAGAGUUCACCUUCCAUCGAAGGAUCGAUGAGUUUUGGAACAUGUUCUUCACCACUUGAUGAUGUUGCAUGGUUUGAAAGCUUUUUUCCAAUGGAUUCCAACUCUAGUGAUGGUAUAUGGAGUACUCAACAAGAAGAAAUUGAUGAUUUCCCAUCCACUUUGAUCUGAUGAUUUGCUUGGAGAUUGAUGUUAUGAAGUCAUUGAGAUGUGAAACAAUAUGUGAAAACACACAAAGGAAGUUUAGUAAUAUGUGGUUUAGUAUUUAGGUGAUUUAUUAGUGGAAUGUCAACUAGAAAAGAAACAUGACAUGUUUACAUACUCUAUUUAAUUUAUGGUUUCAGAUAGGUUUUGGACCUCAA